CUGUGUGACCUGAGAGCAGGCAGAGGAUGCAGCAUGCUGUGUCAUAUCAGCUAUAAUACAAGCUGUCAUUUAUUAAGGGAAGGAGGAGCACACUGGAUAUCUACCACCUCCUCUGUGCUUUCUCCUUCCAUUCCAAUUCUCAACAGCCCCCAGCUACCAACAGGGGGGAAAGCCCUGGACAUAACAGAACAUCAUCUCCAAAUUCACUGGAAACAGGGGGGAUUGUGUAUACUACUGGACCUAAACAGAAAGCCAACAACUACUAAUCUCUAAAUAUGGACAACGACAAAAAGAUGGACAAAGCAAAUGGUAUCGAUGAAACGGCGGUCACCAUCGAAGACCCCAGCACGGGGAAAAAAAAGAAAGGAUUUUUUUCAAAAAAGAAAGAUAAAGAGAAGCCGGUAAAACCCAAAAUGGUCAGCCCGUUCACAAUGUUUCGAUACGCGAACGCAGUAGACAAGCUGCUAAUGCUGGUUGGGACAAUAGCUGCUGCUGCCCAUGGAGCAGGACUGCCACUAAUGAUGCUGGUGUUUGGCGACAUGACGGACAGCUUUGUUAAUGCAGGACAACCACCUCCUACCUUGCCCCCCAAUGUAACCUUACCAGACACAUUUACAACCCCAGACUACUCCGCAAUAUAUGGGGAGGAGCUAGAGAAGCAAAUGACAACAUACGCCUAUUAUUACACCGGCUUGGGAUUUGGAGUACUGUUAGCUGCAUAUAUUCAGAUCUCCUUCUGGACCUUGGCGGCUGGUCGGCAGAUUAGGAAAAUUAGAAGGAACUUUUUUCACGCAGUUCUGCGCCAGGAAAUCGGCUGGUUUGAUGUCAAUGAUGCUGGAGAACUGAACACAAGACUCACAGAUGAUGUCUCCAAAAUUAAUGAAGGAAUUGGUGAGAAAAUAGCGAUGCUUGUGCAAUCUAUGGCCACAUUCAUAACUGGCUUUGUCCUCGGAUUUGUUAAAGGGUGGAAACUGACUCUGGUCAUUUUGGCUAUUAGUCCAGUCAUGGGACUUUCAGCUGCGGUCUGGUCAAAGAUAUUGUCUGCAUUCACCAACAAAGAACUGACAGCUUAUGCCAAAGCUGGGGCCGUGGCUGAAGAAGUACUUGCAGCUAUCAGAACUGUGAUAGCCUUCGGUGGGCAAAACAAAGAAAUUGCAAGGUAUGAAAAGAACUUAGAAGAUGCCAAAAAAAUAGGCAUAAAGAAGGCAAUAACAGCCAAUAUAUCUAUGGGAUUUGCUUUUUUAAUGAUAUAUGCUUCGUAUGCAUUGGCAUUCUGGUAUGGGACAACUCUGGUUAUAGAUGAAAAUUACAGCAUUGGAAGUGUACUUACAGUGUUUUUCUCUGUCAUAAUCGGUGCUUUUAGUAUUGGACAGACAGCACCCAAUAUCGAGGCCUUUUCCAAUGCUAGGGGGGCAGCCUUUACAGUAUUUAACAUUAUCGACACGGAACCAAAAAUUGACAGUUUUUCCAAAGCCGGCAAUAAACCUGAUAAAAUUAAAGGAGACAUAGAAUUUAAAAAUGUGAAGUUUACGUAUCCAUCCAGACCUGAUGUUCAAGUUCUGAAGGGAUUGAACCUAAAGGUCACAAGUGGUGAAACUGUUGCUCUGGUUGGGAGCAGCGGCUGUGGGAAGAGUACAACAGUUCAGCUCCUACAGAGGUUCUAUGACCCCGAAGAAGGAGCGAUAACCAUUGAUGGAGAAGACAUCCGGAAUUUAAACACCAGGUAUUUAAGAGAGAUGAUUGGUGUGGUGAGCCAGGAACCCAUCCUGUUUGAUACAACAAUUGCGGAAAAUAUCCGAUUUGGUCGUGAAAAUGUCACAGUGGAGGAAAUUGAAACUGCAGCCAAGGAAGCCAACGCUUAUAGUUUUAUUCUGAAACUUCCAGAUAAAUUCGAGACUCUAGUGGGAGAGAGAGGAACACAACUGAGUGGUGGACAGAAACAGAGGAUCGCAAUUGCAAGAGCACUUGUCCGCAAUCCCAAAAUCCUCCUUCUAGACGAGGCCACGUCCGCGCUGGACACUGAAAGUGAAGCUGUUGUCCAAACUGCUCUGGAUAAGGCUAGGGAAGGCCGUACGACCAUCGUAGUUGCUCAUCGAUUGUCCACAAUAAGGAAUGCAGACACUAUAGCUGGGUUUGACAAUGGAGUCAUUGUUGAACAAGGAAAUCACAGUGAACUAAUGAAAAUACAGGGAGUCUAUUACAAGUUGGUUACCAUGCAGACAAUAGAAACACAUGAUUAUGAAGAGGUUGAUACAUAUGAAGAAAUUAUUGAUGAGAAAUCACCCACUCUCAGCCAUAAAGAAUCCCAAUUGGUAAGAAGAAAAUCCAGUCGGCACAGCAUGAAAAAAGUACCCGAGCAAGAGGAGAAAGAAAAAGAUAAAAAGGACGAAACGGUUGACGUGCCACCAGUCUCAUUUUUUAAGGUUAUGAAGUUGAACAAACCAGAAUGGCCGUAUUUUGUGGUUGGCGUUAUAUGCGCAAUUAUCAAUGGUGCUACACAACCAGUUUUUGCUAUUAUUUUUUCAGAGAUCAUUGGGAUAUUUGCAGAAAUAGGACCUGAUACCAGACGGCAAAGUACCAUGUUCUCAUUGCUGUUUCUGGCACUUGGUGCAGUUUCCUUUGUAACCUUUUUUCUACAGGGAUUCACUUUUGGUAAAGCAGGAGAAAUUCUUACAAAGAGACUCAGAUUAAUGGCUUUCAAGGCAAUGCUGAGACAGGAAAUGGGCUGGUUUGAUGAUAAAAAGAACAGCACUGGGGCUUUAACAACAAGACUGGCAACCGAUGCUUCCCAAGUGCAGGGGGCAACCGGAGCCAGAUUGGCCUUACUUUCUCAGAACAUCGCAAACUUGGGCACUGCAAUUAUUAUAUCUUUUGUCUACGGGUGGCAACUGACCCUCCUGAUAUUGGCAAUAGUGCCAAUCCUUGCCAUCUCUGCUCUUAUAGAAAUGAAAAUGUUUGCUGGGCAUGCAAAAAAAGACAAAGAGGAAUUGGAAGUGGCAGGAAAAAUCGCCACUGAUGCUGUUGAAAACAUUCGUACUGUUGUGUCGUUGACACGAGAGUUGAAAUUUGAGGCACUUUAUGAAGAAAAUCUGGUUGGUCCCUACAGGAAUUCCAUCAAGAAAGCACAUAUACACGGAGCAACCUUUGGCCUCUCUCAAGCCAUCAUGUUUUUUGCAUACGCCGGCUGUUUUAGGUUUGGGGCGUUCUUGGUGGCUACCAACGCAAUGGAAUUUGCUGAUGUUUUUCUGGUUUUCUCAGCCAUUGUGUUUGGAGCAAUGGCGUUGGGCCAGACCAGUUCCUUUGCCCCAGACUACGCAAAAGCAAAAAUGUCGGCAUCCCAUAUAUUCAGUUUAUUGGAACGAGAUCCACUGAUUGACAGCUACAGCAGCCAUGGAGAGGCACCACAAUACUGUGAUGGAAACGUGACAUUUAAAGGUGUACAGUUUAAUUACCCGACCCGGCCCGAUAUCCAGGUUCUUCAGGGGCUUAAUUUGACAGUGAAAAAUGGAGAAACAUUGGCACUGGUGGGCAGCAGUGGAUGCGGCAAAAGUACAACUGUCCAACUUUUGGAGAGGUUCUACGAACCACAUGAUGGAGAUGUGUGUGUGGACGGCAACAGUGUGAAAAGCCUGAACAUCCAGUGGCUCAGAGCACAGAUGGGGAUAGUUUCCCAGGAACCCAUGUUGUUUGACUGCAGCAUUGCCGACAAUAUUGCUUAUGGUGACAACAGCAGAAAGGUGACACAAGAGGAGAUUGAAACGGCAGCAAGAGAAGCCAAUAUCCAUAACUUUAUUGUAUCUUUACCAGAUAAAUAUAACACACGUGUUGGGGAUAAAGGGACCCAGCUCUCAGGAGGACAGAAGCAGAGGAUAGCCAUAGCUCGAGCUCUUGUACGAAAACCCAAAAUACUUCUACUGGAUGAAGCUACAUCUGCCCUGGAUACAGAGAGUGAAAAGGUGGUACAAGAAGCUCUGGACAAAGCCAGACAAGGUCGCACUUGCAUUGUGAUUGCUCAUCGGUUGUCCACUGUCCAGAAUGCAGAUAAAAUUGCAGUGAUCCAGAAUGGACAGAUUGUAGAACAAGGGACACAUCAACAGCUCAUACAGCUGAAAGGAUUCUACUAUUCACUGGUCAAUAUACAGCUUGGCCAAACAUGAGUAUGGGACGAGAUACCAAGUAUCCAACUAUUUCAGACUUGUUUCCAUCUCGUACAGCACUGAAAUCAAGCAAAUGCGUUGUCGUUGGCUUGUCCUGUGGACAAAAUGCAUAAGCCCAGCAAGUAUACCUCAUUUAGCCAUUUAGGAAGGGAUUUUUCCUCUUUAUCUCUGUAUUGUUGAGUCUUUGUUUGUUUAUUGAACUAAUGCUUAAAACCGAAAGACAUGGUUUACACGAAAAGGCCAGUCCGAGCUUUGACAAAGUGAAACUAACGUUGCUCUGACCCCCAAUAAUUCUUCCUCACUCCUGCAAAUGAUUGUAAGUUAAUAUUUUGGAAUACUGUUAACAUUCUUAUAUUCUUAUAGAGAUUGUUUUAAUUACGAGUGAUAAUUUAAAAGAGAUCGAGCAGUCUGUACAGUCCUAGCCCUUCUAAUUUGAUAUUUUUUUUUCUACUAUCCAUGUUAAAACUGGAAUAAAUUCUACUGAGC